AUGGUGGCGUCGGCUAUUGAUGUAGCGGUAUAUAUACUUCUUAACAUGCUCCAAUUCUGUGCCGAUACCUUUGCCAUGUCGUGCAGCAUCUCGCCCACUUUUGCACUUUCGGUAUGUCGAUAUAGCGAACAGGUGAGACGCAUCAGGUGUGGUGCUGCUGAAGCCUUUCAAAACAUUAUAGCUUUACCCCACUUGCACGCAGCGUGCGUUAAUGCCUUGUGA